AUGGUGGGCCGAGCCCCUCCCGCCUUCGCCCCGGGGGCGCCCCGGGCUAUAAGGCCGCCCGGAGCAGGAGCUUGGACAGCGGCAGACCUCCGUCCCCUGGCGUCGAGGAAGAUGCGGUCUCUGCAGCUUCUUUCCCCUCUGCCCUGGCUCCUGCUCCUUCCCCUUCUCCUGCCCCUACCCGGCUGGACCCAGCCCCAGCCGGGGCCCCUUUCCCCCCAAGCCAGUGCCCUGCUCCGGACCCUGGGGCUGAGCCCGCCCCCGGGGCCCCCUCCCACCCGCCCCGUCCCCCCAGUCAUGUGGCGGCUCUUCCGAAGGGGCCCAGAGAGCCGAGGGUUUGAGAGCGCAGGGCCAGAAAAGCCCCAGGAGCCCCAGCCCCUGCCCUGCCACGUGGAGGAGCUGGGCGUCCCCGGGAACAUCGUGCGGCACGUCCUCGAUGGCGGUGCCUCUGCCCCACCAGAGCCAGCCUUGGGCUCCCUCUGCCUGGAGAAGCCCCUUUUCUUCAACCUUUCGUUCCUAGACCCCAGGGAGCAGCUGACACUAGUCCGCCUGGAAUUGAAUUUUGGUGCCCCUGGAGACCUUGCCCCUGUCCAGGGUUGGGAGCUGAGCCUGUCCCAUGCCCAGGGCCCCAGGCUGUGGGGCCAGUCCUCGCACUGGCACCACCACCGAGAAGUCCUGCUGAGCCGGACGGUGCCCUCGUUGCAUGAGCCCCUCUACUUUGACAUGCUCUCCUUGGGCUGGAUGGGGAAUUCCACCUUCCCCCAGAACCUGAGCCUGGUCUUCGAGAUGUUGCCUGGUAAAGACAGUGACCUGCCUCGAGGCUUGUGUACCAAACUGGGCCAUUCUCUUGAGGCCUCCCUGCUGGUGGUGACCCUUGACCCUCAGCUAUGCCAGUCCACCUCCAGGAAGCGCCGGGCAGCCUACCCAGCUCCUAUGGACAGCCCCGAUCCUCCUUGUGAGGCCCGGCAGCUCUACAUCAACUUCCGGGAAGUGGGCUGGCACAAUUGGAUCAUCGCUCCCCGGGGCUUCAUGGCCAAUUACUGUCAGGGGCACUGCUUCUUCCCCAGUGCCACCAAGAUCUCCAGUUUGAACCACGCCGUCAUGCAGUCCCUGAUGCACUCCGUGGCUCCAGCCACGACGCCCCCACCCUGCUGCGUCCCAGUGAAGCUCUCCCCCAUCUCCGUGCUCUUCUAUGACAACAGUGACAACGUCGUUCUUCGGCACUAUGACGACAUGGUGGUUGAUGAGUGUGGGUGCCGAUGACGGGCACCUGGGCCCCAAGGGCAAGGAAGAACACCUGGAGUGCUCCCUCCCAGCCACCAGGGACCCAGUGUGUUUGGGCCUGCCCCCGUGUGUAUCUGACCUUAAAACCUGACUAAUAAAAACUGCUGGGUUUGUUUUGG